AUGGGCUUAUUUCAAUACAAGGUUGGUAGCAAUUCUAAUUUCCUUUUCUGGCAUGACCCCUGGAUCAAUGGUACUCCGCUGCUAUUCCAUUGUCAUCCCAGUUUGGUUUCUAUUGCUGAAUCCUCCCUACGUGCAAGAAUUUCAGUUUAUAUUGAUAACUCCUCCUGGUUUCUGCCCCCCUCCAAUCAUUUGGACAUGGUUGAGCUUCGACGUAAAAUUCUGCCUAUUCAAAUUCACAGCAGUGAUUCUAUUGUAUGGCGACCUAAUCCAAGCUUGGCUGUUUCUAUUUCCCUGAUUUGGAAUCAUAUUCGUACCAGACCUAUUGCUCCACCUUGGGUUGAUAUUGUUUGGCAUAAUUUAGCGAUCCCCAAGUGUGCUUUUACUCUCUGGCUUGUUUUAAAAGGAAGACUGCUUACUAAAGAUCGCAUGAAACAGUUUCAAAUGACGACCGACUUAUGCUGUUUAUUAUGUAAUAAUGCCAUAGAGUCACAUGAUCAUUUGUUUUGUUCCUGCACUUAUGCUUCUGAAGUUCUGUCUAGUAAUAGUUUCCAGUAUGCAAACGACAUCACGUGCUACCGCAAUGGUCGUGUCUUGCUUAACAGACCCAAAGCAAUUAGGAAACAAGUUGGCCACUUGUACCUUGCUAUUUCUGUUUUUUUAAUUUGGAAGGAAAGGAAUGAUCGCCUCCACAAUUCAAAUCAUAGAAUUCCUGCCAGUAUGACAAAGUUCUAUGCUAAACGUAUGCUCAGAGAAAAACUCCACUCCUCAUCAAAGUUCCAAGUUGCGGCUCUCAAGGACUUAAAUUUAAUUUUAGAUCUCUUCUAG